AUGCUCCGUAACCGCCGCCGUCCUCGUUACAGCCCACAAAUCUGCGCCGUUAUCUCCGCUCUCCUACUCCUCUUCUCAGUCUCUCUCCUUUACACUCGCCUCUCUUCUUCUCAUCAACACAAUACGGUUCCUUCCGCAUUCAAAACCCAAGCUGACGACGCCUCAAUAGCAAUUGACAAGAUCGAUGAACAAGACACCAUUAAAGAAGAAGAGGGAGAAGAUCACCAAAACGACAGGAAUGAAGACAACGACACCGACGAAGAAGAAACGAAAAGGCCCACGAUUUCCUCUUCUGGGUAUUACAUGGAUCAUGUAACGGGGUCAAUACGAAGGCAUUUGAAAAAGAAAUCGAUAGAAGAUUAUGAUUUUUUUGAUUAUAAUUACAACGGUUUUAGUCUAGGAUUGAAUGUCGAUGAUUAUAAAAGUAAGACCGCGUUUGGUAGUGAUGAUAUCGUUGUUGAUGAGGAAAUUAAGAGAAAAUUGAGCGAAGUUAAGAGUAUCGAAGAUGCAUUGCUGUUGAAGAUAGGUAAAAAGGUGUCACCUUUAAGAGAAGGGUGGGGUGAUUGGUUUGAUAAAAAGAGUGAUUUUUUGAGAAGGGAUAAAAUGUUUAAGUCGAAUUUUGAAGUUUUGAAUCCAUUGACUAAUCCUUUGUUGCAAGACCCAGAUGGGGUUGGUGUUACUGGGUUGACUAGAGGUGAUAAGGUUUUGCAGAAGAUGAUUUUGAGCGGGUUUAAGAGAAACCCUUUUCGGGGGAAGAGGAGUUUGAGUGGUUUGGAGAUGACCCGUGAUGCAAAAGUGGAAGAGAAGAGGGGCGAGGUUAAGAGAGUAUUGAAUGAGGAUAAUGGGAAAAUUUUGAUGGAUGGUGUUAGUAAUGCUGGUAAGGACGUGAGUUUUAAAGGAAAUGGGAUUGUACUGAAUGAGGAUCAUGAGAGAAAUUUAAUGAAAGGUAAGAGCUUGAGUGAUUUAUCGGAUGCGGAGGGAGUUCACGAUUAUAAGGGGGAUAGGGAUAGGAAUUUGAGUGCAAAUGAGAAUUUAAUGGAUAAUGGUGAUGGUAGUGGUGGUGAAACAAGGCAGAUGGUUGGAAUGGAGAAAAAGAGGUCUAAGGAUCAGCAGAGGAAGCCUGAGGAGUUGAGUCAUAUGUUUGCCGAUGGGAAAAGAUGGGGGAACGGGAAGUGUGAUAUGAGGGUAUUUUUGGUGUGGAAUUCGCCGCCAUGGAUGCAUAGUGUUAGAUACCAAAGGGGACUUGAGAGUCUGCUUUCCCACCAUAGACAUGCUUGUGUCGUCGUUUUCUCUGAGACAAUUGAGCUGGAUUUUUUCAAGGAUAGCUUUGUGAAAGAUGGGUAA